GCGCUAACAGUCGGACUGCCCGGAUCUCCGUGCGAGACUUCAGCCCUCCCCAGUCCACAGUUCACACAAAGGAGCGGUAGGCUGUGGACAACGAAAGGCCGAGAAGCAACCUACAUUCUACAGACCGGUUCGUUUAGGCAAGUCAGCAUGGUGAAGAUAUUUGUGGGAAACCUGUCCACAGAAGCAACCCAGGAUGAGCUCAAAGAACUCUUUGAGCAGUAUGGCAGUGUCAUGGAAUGUUCAAUCAUCAAAAACUUUGCGUUUGUUCACAUGGACGACCGCAAAGCUGCCACAAAAGCCAUCAAGAGCCUGCACCAUUAUGUGCUGCAUGGCACACCCAUGAAUGUGGAGGCCAGCCAUGGCAAGAACCAGGGCCCAGUCAAACUACAUGUGGCCAAUGUAGAAAAGGGAUGUGAUGAUGAGCUUCUUGCUCUCUUUGAAGAGUAUGGUACAGUUUCAGAGUGUGCUGUUGUCAAAAAUUUUGCUUUUGUACACAUGCCCAACUAUGAUGAGGCAAUGGAUGCACUGAAGGAUCUGGACAACACAGAAUUCCAAGGCAAACACAUCCAUGUGCAGAUUUCUAAGAGCCGGCCUCGGCAUGAGGGGCAUGAUGAUUACCCCCCUCCUCCACCUCCUGACUACUGGCCUUCACGUUAUCCAGACAGGCCUGAUCUUCCCCCACCCAGCUACAUGAGAGGCCGCUAUGGCCCCCCAAGUUACCCCCCACCUCCCCCACUGCCACCUCCUCCCCCUAGACGGCCCCUUUAUGGUGAGCGUCCCUACGACAGUGACAGGGAUAGGUACAGCAGUGUGGUAGAUUACUAUGAGAAGUACCGAGCGCGCCCUUAUGCCACAGCAUAUGAUGACCAGCGGGCACCCAUUCCUCCCCCUCCGCCACCCGCACCCGUCGCCCGAGAUCCGUACGAGCGUCGGCCACUCCCACCUCCUCCGUCGUCAUACUACGCCCGAGAUCGCAGUCCCAUCAGACGCCCGCCCACUGCCCCCGUCCCACCUUCAUCUAAUGGCUACAGCUACGAACGCUCCCGCCUUGCCCCUGGAUACAACAGGGACCCCUACGCUGAGCUACCCCCACCGCCCACUGCUCGAUAUGCUUAUUAACCAAGGAUCGCCGUCUCUCUACUGCGUCGGCGCUCGUCCCCUUGAUGUACGCGACUAAAAUCCACCCAUUUCUGCGGCGCAGCGCGUUAUCGCUGACUUACAGGAAGUGAAUUGUGGACGUUCUUGUUAUUUUUAUUUAGGAAUUGUUUUUUUUAGUUUUUCGCUUCAAGUCUUAGGUUUUCAAUGUGUUGUAGUAUUUUAAUACUUGCCUCAUGUUAUCGUUUUUAUUUCUAUCACCACAAAAUAGCUAGUGUCUACUACUGUAUAAACAGGCGAAAAAAUGUAACAGUAUAUAAAUUUGGACUGAAUCCUCUUUAAUAAUACCAGUGAAUCUGCACGUUAAAAAGCGUUCAUUUGUUUGUAAACGCGUAAACUUUUGGGGGAAAAAAACAAAGAUGUCAAGACGUUCCCGCUAAUCACAUCUUAGCCUCUGUUUUAUCAUGACUAUUUUAUUUCCUUAAAAUGCUUCAAGAUAUUCUGUUAGCUGCAGUAAAAUUGUGAUUUAAAAAUUAAGCGUUUUUUCGAGCCGUCCUGACUUUACAGAUCAUACCAUUAAUCACCAGCUUAAGUUAUGAUUAACAUUCUGCCCAUGGUACACACAACCACACACACAACAGUCCAUUUACAACAGGGUUAAUGGAUUCACAUGAAACUUGGGGCGUUGAAAAUCUGGAAUUUUCAGGUAAGUAAAGACAAGAACAUGUAAUGAUGCAUAUUUUGUCCACAUUUUAUAACUUUACCUCAUCCAAAGAUCUUCAAUAUGACAUCCUUAGUUUCUAGCACUGGACAUAAAAUGUGGAUCCAGAUUACUUAUGUAUUAGAUUUUGUCAUUGUUAAAGACAGGGAACAGUGUUGAAGUUCUUUUGCCACGGACAUUAAUAAAAUAUACUUCCAAUAAA